CACGCGAGGACAAGCGCCGAAGCGCGGGCGAGACUGCGCGGCGCGGCGCGGCGCUCCUCCUCCGCUCCGUCUCCCCCACCCCCACGCGCGCCAUGUGGCCCUUGACCCCCGCCGCUGCCCGCCACGCACGCAGACGCAGCCCGCCCGCCUACGCCUAGGCCCGGCCGUCAACCGUAACCGAAAGGAGUCCACCUGACGCCGCCCCCGUUUCGCUUCGCCUUCCGCCACCGAUCGAUCUCUUCCCCUCCCUCCCCUCCUCGCUUUAUUCCUUCCGGCGUUCGGCCGCCUCCCCGCACCAACCCACCCGCCCCCGCCAUUCCCGGGUGUUCGCUUCGCUUCGCCAGCGAUUCGAUCCAAGCGUCGGUUAGGAGACGAGGCGAGGUUGGCGGCAUGGCCUCGUCGCCGGCGAGCAGCUACGACUGCUCCUUCAAGGUCCUGCUUAUCGGGGACUCGGCCGUCGGCAAGAGCAGCCUCCUCGUCAGCUUCGUCUCCGCGGCCCACAUCGACGAGGACAUCACGCCCACCAUAGGGGUGGAUUUUAAAAUCAAAUUUCUCACCGUGGGUGGCAAGAAACUGAAACUGACAAUAUGGGACACUGCUGGCCAGGAGAGGUUUAGGACAAUUACCAGUUCUUACUACAGGGGUGCUCAUGGGAUCAUUCUAGUUUAUGACGUCACGAAGAGGGAGAGUUUCACAAAUUUGGCUGAUGUGUGGACCAAGGAAAUAGAGUUGCACUCAACAAAUAAAGAGUGUGUCAAAAUUCUUGUUGGAAAUAAAGUGGACAAGGAUGAGGACAGAGUGGUGACGAGAGAAGAAGGUCUUGCCUUUGCACAAGAAUAUGGGUGUCUGUUUCUCGAGAGUAGUGCCAAAACAAGAGAAAAUGUGGAGAAAUGUUUUGAAGAGCUUGCACUAAAGAUUCUUGAGGUUCCAAGCCUCCUGGAGGAAGGUUCUUCAGUUGUUAAGAGGAACACUCUGAAACAGAAGCAGGAGAAUGCAAACCAAAGUGGAGGAUGCUGUCAGUAGAUCCACCAGCUACGCAAGCUGCUCAUGGUAUCUUAGGUUUUAGCUGCCCUUGAAUUGGGAUGUAGAUGAGUUGUAUCUAAAUGCUCAAUGGCGCAACCGAUGUGAGUAAAGGGGGAAUUAACCACUUGAGAUUUUGACGUGAAUUGGUCUGUACAAAAGGAAAGACUUUUUUUCGGUUCCUGACGUGGCAAUUUGGUUUGCUGCUUGUAAUGAGAUCCAUUCAGCUGAUCACUUCCUUAAUUGUAUGUGUGGAAGUGUAUGCUGGUACAUAAUUCAGGGCUUGUCGUUAGCUAUGGAAAAGCUCUGCAAUCAUGUGAAGUACUAAGCUGACUGGUACGUAUUCUGAAUGUACAGUUGGUUCUUGUUUCAGUUGGGUUGAGUUUAACAUGCCUUGUUUGUUCUACCUGUA